UCAAGUGCAAACCAAAUUUAAGAUCAAGUAUCUAAAUUGUUUUAAGUUGAUCGACUGCAAAGUUCUUAAUAGGGAAUCGGGCACACUUUUAAUUGCACUAAUAAUUCAACUUCAACAAUAAAUAAAUUUUUUAAAAAAAUGCAUAGAUCAUGUUUGUUGCUUCUGCUCUACAUGCUAAGCCUCCACAUGGUGCGGGGCGAGACAACGGCAGAGAUUCGAAAAGAAUCGGAGAAUUCCGAUGAAGCCACGAAAUUUCUUCGCCUGCGCAUUGCUGUAAAUUGUACAGAUCGCGUUAAUGUAUAUGAAAAGAAAGUGCACUCGAAUUACUGGGCUCUGGUGAACUAUGUACCCGCAGAGCACGGCAGUCUGCGAUGCUCGAUGUUUGUUACGUACACCACCCACGGGGACUAUCGAUAUCUGAACAAUGUGGCGCCCUUGGUGGAGCGUUGGCGAGCACCCAUUAGUUUGGCACUCUACGCACCGGGUACGGACUUCAACAAGACGGUGUCGAGCAUUCUGUGGCUGCGCCAAUGUGAUCCACAGCGUCUACAAUCAAACGACAUUGUUAGCCAGACAAAUUCAAUGCACCAAAGUUCCGCCGUUUGCCAAUGUGUCAAGUGAUCAGCUAUAUAGAAAGCAAAUGGAACUCGAAUAUCCCAUUAAUGUGGGACGAAAUAUUGCCAAAGAGGCGGCACUGACACAUUACGUUCUGUCCUCCGAUAUCGAGCUAUAUCCCUCGCCUGGCCUGGUCAAUGGCUUUUUGCUUAUGCUAGCAGCUAAUAUGCAUUUACUGAACGCCACAAAGCCGCUUGUCUUUCCACUUAACAUUUUCGAGGUGAGUGCGAAUAGCACUGUGCCAACCACCAAAAGGGAAUUAAAAUACAAGCUGAAGACUGGCCAGGCAAUACCCUUUCACAGAGAUGUCGCCCCCCAAUUCAACAUUGGGCCAAAUCUUAAAAAAUGGAUUCAACAUGUCGAUUACAGCAAUACAAUCCGAGUGUUUGGCAUGAAUAAACGCAUCGGUUACUGGGAUCCGAUCUACAUUGGAACCAAACAAGAUCCGGUUUACGAUGAGACUCUUAGCUGGGAGGGCAUGUCCGAUAAGGCAACCCAUUCCUUUGCAUUGUGCCUAAUGGGCUAUCGGUUUUAUACAUUGGAUAAUGCAUUUUUGGUUCACAGACCGGGCAUUAAUCAGGGUUAUUUGGAUGAUGGGCGAUUGCAUCUUGCCGCCCACACUCGUCGCAAGCUACGUAGACAGUUAAUAAUAGAGUAUAUCUACAAAUAUGGAUUCCAAUUGGGUUGCUUAUUGUAAUGAAGUAAAUCCAUAUUUAAAUUGAGUUGGCAAAUGUAAGCAUUAAGUUCAGAAAAUUUCGCGUAAGCAUAGUUUAAC